GCCCAUUUCUUAACACUGUUGAAGAACUUGAAAUCUCAUUAUAAAGUGAUUUUUGUCUCCACAUUUUUUAUUUCCUAUUUUUUUCUCAUGCAUAUGUAUCGUUUUUCGAGUUGAAAAACAGAGUCCGUGAGUACAGUUAGAGAUGGGAAAUUGCUUCUCCGACGUCGGCGGCAGUAUGGCGGCUGUUGGUGGCACCGCGGCCUCCGCCGCCACCGGCAAUCAAAACGACGCCGUCGACAACUACUUAAAGUCUCGUGGCUUCCACGGCCUCUUCUCUCAGAUUGAGUUAUCAUUUUCUGCUACAAAUUUGCGAGACCGGGAUGUGUUCUCCAAGAGUGAUCCGAUGCUGGUGGUUUAUAUUAAAGAUAUAGAUGGAGCAAUUGCAGAAGUAUUUCGUACUGAAGUAGUUCUCAAUUCAUUGAGUCCUACAUGGAUCACAAAGUAUACAAUUACUUAUCAUUUUGAGGUUGUCCAAACCUUGCUGUUUCAUGUCUUUGAUGUUGACAGUCAGUUUCACAAUAUCGAAGUAAAGAUGCUGAAGCUGGAGGAGCAGCAAUCUCUUGGUGAGGCAAGUUGUGCAUUGUCAGAGAUUGUAACCAAACCAAACGGGUCAUUAACCUUGGAUCUUAUACGUAGAGAGGAAUCUGUCUCAUCAACCCAUUCCCAACACCGUGGAAAGCUUACUGUGCAUGCUGAAGAAUGCUUUAGCUCAAAGACUACAGUAGAGAUGAUGUUAAGGUGUUUAGAUUUGGAAUCCAAGGAUAUCUUCUCAAAAAGUGACCCCUUUUUGGUAAUAUCAAAAAUUGUGGAGAGUGGGAUUUCUAUUCCUGUUUGUAAAACUGAAGUCUUAAAGAAUGAUCUCAACCCAAUAUGGAAGCCAGUGUUUCUGAAUAUUCAACAAGUCGGAAGCAAGGAUAGUCCAUUAGUGAUAGAGUGCUUUGACUUCAACGGCAAUGGCAAGCACGAUCUGAUUGGAAAAGUCCAGAAGUCACUAGCAGAUUUGGAAAAGCUUCAUUCUGGAAGGGAAGGAGAAAAUUUAUUUUUGCCAACACUGGUUGGGCAUGAUUACCAUAACAAGAUGUUAAGAAGCAAGCUUUUUGUGGAAAAAUUCUCUGAAACUGUCCAACAUACCUUCCUUGAUUACUUGGCUGGGGGUUUUGAGCUCAACUUUAUGGUGGCUAUUGAUUUCACUGCUUCGAAUGGAAAUCCCCGCCUCCCCGAUUCCUUGCAUUAUAUUGAUCCAUCAGGACGGCUGAAUGCAUAUCAGAAAGCAAUCUACGAGGUUGGAGAGGUAUUGCAGUUUUAUGAUACAGACAAGCGAUUUCCUGCCUGGGGAUUUGGUGCACGGCCCAUUGAUGGUCCAGUUUCUCAUUGUUUCAACUUGAAUGGAAGUAGUGACUACUGUGGGGUUGAAGGAAUCCAAGGAAUUAUGAUGGCCUAUACCAGUGCCCUUUUUAAUGUUUCUCUUGCAGGGCCAACACUAUUUGGACAUGUGAUUAACAAAGCUGCAUUAAUUGCCAGCCAAUCUAUUGCCAAUGAAGCUCGAAAAUACUUUGUUUUAUUGAUAAUCACGGAUGGGGUAGUAACGGAUCUCCAAGAAACCAAAGAUGCCAUAGUAAAAGCAUCAGAUCUCCCAUUGUCGAUCCUCAUUGUUGGAGUUGGAGGAGCUGACUUCAAAGAAAUGGAGAUUUUAGAUGCGGACAAGGGGGAAAAACUCGAAAGCUCGACUGGACGUGUGGCUUCACGUGAUAUUGUUCAAUUUGUUCCAUUUAGGGAUGUACAAAGCGGUGAAAUUUCUGUUGUUCAAGCACUUCUAGCAGAAUUACCUACACAAUUUUUGACCCACAUGCGAAGCAGAGAUAUUAAACCAAGCACUUGAUUGUAAAGCAUUGUACGUAUCAAAAUUAUUUUUUCUGUUUUCGGUUUCACACCUUGAGUUUGCCUCUUGUCAAUUGCCAUCAUGGUUUUUCCUUCUAUGAGUCAUGUUGUAUCGAAGUCGUGUAUCAUGCAUCUUGAGAGACAACAGAUGGAUAUAUUGCAUUAUCACGUUGGAUUGAAGAUGAUCAGGUCAACAAAAACUUUGCCGUCCCGACUGUCUGCUGGCUUGACCGCUCGGCUGAAAGCACAUUCUUUGUUAUGUCCAGUGUCCGCAAUGGGUUGUAAAAGCAUCACCUAGGAAUCAACCAGGGACGAAUCUGUUGGUUCUGAAAACAAUUGUAGACUAAUGUGAAGAACAUUGGGUAUCAGAGUUUCCUCUUGAAUUCCUUAUUCCCCAUUUUUGGGGGCGCA